GUCGAGAUGAAUUACCUCCGCAGGCGACUCUCUGACAGCAACUUCAUGGCCAACCUGCCCAACGGCUACAUGACCGACCUCCAGCGCCCUCAGCCACCGCCGCCGCCGCCCAGCGCCACCUCUCCAUCGCCGGGCAGCAUCUCCCCAGCUGAAAGGCCACCGGCGGCCCCCAGCCCUGGAGCCGGAGCCGGUGGUGGUGGUGGCGGCGGAGCCGGAGGUUUUUUCUCGUCGCUGUCCAACGCGGUGAAGCAGACGACCGCGGCGGCGGCAGCCACCUUCAGCGAGCAAGUCGGCGGGGUGGCUGGCUCUGCAACAUCGUCGGGACGCAGCAAAGUACUACUGGUAGUCGAUGAGCCAGGGACGGACUGGGCAAAAUAUUUCAAGGGGAAGAAACUUCAUGGAGAAUUGGACAUCAAGGUUGAACAGGUAAAAGUUGGGAACUUAAACGAAAUUGCCAACAUGGAUGGAUUCUUUAUCCUGCCUCUCCUUCCUUUUCAUAUUCACACCUUUUCUUCCAGGAGCCUAAAACCGGAUUUUGUCCUGAUCCGCCAGCAUGCCUACAGCAUGGCUCGUGGUGGAGAUCAUCGUGGCAUUGUUAUUGGCUUGCAGUAUGCGGGCGUGCCCAGCGUCAACAGUUUGCAUUCCGUGUACAACUUCUGUGACAAACCUUGGGUGUUUGCCCAGAUGGUCCGCCUGCAUCGCAAGCUCGGUCCGGAAGAAUUCCCCCUCAUUGACCAGACGUACUAUCCCAAUCAUAAGGAGAUGCUGACAACCUCCAAAUACCCAGUGGUGGUAAAGAUGGGACAUGCUCAUUCUGGAAUGGGAAAGGUCAAGGUGGAGAACCAGUAUGAUUUCCAGGAUAUAGCCAGUGUAGUAGCACUCACCAAGACCUAUGCCACCUCAGAACCUUUUAUUGAUGCCAAGUAUGAUAUCCGUAUACAGAAGAUUGGCAAUAACUACAAAGCCUAUAUGAGGACCUCUGUUUCAGGCAACUGGAAAACCAAUACUGGCUCUGCCAUGUUGGAGCAAAUAGCUAUGUCAGAUAGGUACAAACUAUGGGUGGACACUUGUUCAGAGAUUUUUGGUGGUUUGGACAUCUGUGCGGUAGAAGCUCUACAUGGCAAGGAUGGACGUGACCACAUUAUUGAGGUAGUGGGAUCAUCCAUGCCUCUGAUUGGAGACCAUCAAGAGGAAGAUAAGCAGCUGAUUGUGGAGCUGGUACUGUCACGCAUGGCCCAGAUCAUUCCUCGCACUCCUGUGCCCUCCCCUCAGCGCCCAGCACCACCCACUACCCAGCAGCCGAGGCCCAGUACUCAGGGGCAGGGUCCUGGUGGCCCAGGGCAACAAGGGAACCGCCCUCCACCAAGCCAAGGAAAGCCACAAGUUGCCCAGAAACCCAGUCAGGAUCUGCCGCCUCCACCCCAGCCCCAGCUGAACAAAUCCCAGUCUCUGACCAAUACCUUCCCCCUUGCAGAGGCACCGGUGCCGCGGGGCAGCCUUAGUCAGGAUGAAGUGCGUGCUGAGAGCAUCCGCAGCCUCCGACAGAGCUUCGCCAGCCUCUUCUCCGACUGAGAAACUUCCCCUCUGUACUGCGACCCUUCACUUUCCUGGGCCUAGAUCCCUUUCCCUGUCUUCUGAGACUCUGAACCCCGUGUCCCUUCACUGCUUCGACCCACCCCCAUGGGAAUGCUCUUCCAAAAGGAAUCUGUUCGUUUGUUUAUUUUUAAUCCCACCUUUUUUAUUUUGAAGAAUUUCGUCUGCCCUCCCCUCCAUUAAGGGGCAAUCCCAUGGAAAGGGGGAAGCAACACAUAUCCCUGGAGAUCCCUGGUGAAAGGAAUGGCGCCUGCUGGAAAUGGUCAGAGCUAGAAAGUGGGUUGAUAUUAAAUCCCCAGGAAUCCUCGGGCUUUUGAGGCCGGUCAUUCUGAAUGUAAAGAUGGAUGGUUGGUUUAAAAUUAAUUUGUAAUUAUUUAUUGGAUUUAUACAGCCGCUCAUCUCACAUAUGUGACUCUGGGUGGCUUAUAAUGAAUGAAUUAUCUGUACAGAGCAAUUAUCUGUAGAGAGGGAGAGAGACAGAUGGACAGAUGUGUGUGUUUGUGUGUUUGUGUGUGUAUGCACACAACAAAACACAACCUUCUCUCUACCCUAAAUGAAACAAGAACUACACAGUCUUCUGGGCAGAAGAAUCUUUUCAUGUUCCUUUAAAAUCCUAAAUCUUCCCUCUGCCACUAUCCUUUGUUCUGAGAACCUAUUUUUUGCUCUGUUUUCUAUGACUAAUUCUGUAUCCAUUUCUGCAGAAUGUACUAUUCCCAUGCAAAUUAAACCUGCUGGUUGUCAGAGAGCUUCCUUCCUUCCUUCUUUCCUUCCUUCCUUCCAUCAGGAUCUCUCUUUUUCAUCCGGAGGCUGCAGAUUUCUCAAGUCCACAUCUCUUCUAUAUAAAUAUGCAAACUUCAUGCCUGGUUCUCUUCUCCCAGCCUAGGGGCCCCCAGGCUUGGGAAAAAGGGAGAGGAGAGGGGUCUCCAGGGAUCUCUAUACAUAGCAUGAGGGAGGGGACUUCUCCUGGGGCCAAUGUCUGUGUUUGUGGCCACAAAGAUGUCUAUGUUGCUAUUUGUGAAUAAGCCAGUCAAUUGCCACUUGCCCUUUGCACAAUCCUGUUGUCCCCACUCCUUAGCCGCCAGCUUCCAACUCUUGUUGCCUUGGCUGCAGGUUCCGCCCCCACUUCAGCAAUGUGCAACUUUCUUCCCAUGCGUUUUGGUAACCGUAUACUCGGCAAGCCUUAAUCUAGACACACACCUCCUUUCCAUCCUACCUCACAAUUGUUGUUUUCCCCCCACCCUCCUAAUAGCACUGCAGAAAACUCCCAGUCUGUCACUCCACUGUAAGCUUUAGCAUCUUCCUGAUCAUCAGGAGGGUGCUGGGCAGGGCCAAUGAGGUACUUUAUCCUCAAACCUUUUGCUAAGCUGGUUUCGAAGUCAGUCGUCAUGGAGGAGAGACAAUUGGCCAAUAGUUUGAGUUUGUGGUGGAGAAUGCAGUUGUUUCUGUUAAGCCCAUUUCCUGUUCUUCCUCCCACUUGGCCAAUCAAAUCUAUCUGCUCUUCUCCCAAAACAGCCAUAGUACUGCCACUAUAGCCAAGGGAUGCUUUUGCUAUUUUGAUGACUGAAGAAAUAAAACUUCAUCCCCGAUGGACACACAAGGGGUUCACAUCCAAAAGCAGAACUUGGUCCCCUCCCUCUCCCCCUUGUAUAUAACUCAAGAGAGAAACUCCCCACUCUAUUUUUGUGAUUCUCCUUUAUCCCUAAAGCUGUGUCAAUUACUCUUGUCCCCUUCUUUGAAAGAUCAUGGGGACAGUGCCACUUAACGCGUGAUGGUCUGAUAGCUGCAAAGUCACGUGUUGUAGCUGUGUUGUGACAUGACGCUUUGAGCUGUGUUUGCAACUUAAUUGUCAGGUUGGGGAGGGGGAUGCAGCAGAGGCUCAAUUCCUGUGUAUUACACCCCCUUUCCAUUCUUCAGCCUCUUCUCCCCAGAGAUCUGUUCCUUUGCCACCAAGAGAUCUGGGAAGGACAAUUUAAAGUGCUAACUUGGUAUCUUUGUUAUUUAUUCUUGUCUGGAAAGUGCAUCCCCCUCGCACACUAUUUUUGUGGGAAUAGAGGCCUUUCCUAUUGCUGUGAUUCUG